UCAUCUUCACACCUUAAAUCUGUGGCAGCCUUUGUCAGGGUGUCUACUCUUUAAAGUGUGUGGUUGUAGAGGUGUGUGAGUGAGUGUGUGUGUGUGAGAGAGAGAGAGAGAGUGUGUGUGUGUGCGUGUGUGCUGCUUCAGUGUGGUGUUUUUUUUGAAACGGAGAGGAAGGAGAAAGGGGGCACCGAGCAGCACAUCAGCAUCAGAAAGAAGCAGCAUGUCGGCGCGAGCUCAGCAGACAAACCCCGUGCCCUCGCCGCGAGCUGUGUUCCACUGACUAAACACAUCGCCAUCACUUUAGCGCUGUAUAUCUCUUUCUUCUUCUCUUCCUUCUUCUGUUUUCGCUCAAUGGAGGCGGCCGUGAUGAAGCUGCACGCGAUGGCGGACGUUAACGGGAACAGCACAGUUAUGGACGCGGAGCUCGAGGUGAAAAAGCUGCAGGAGCUCGUGCGCAAACUGGAGCGACAAAACGAGCAGCUGAGGACGAGAGCGGCUAAUAACUACACCCACAGCGGCCAUUUAUUCCCACACCAGAGCUGCGCUGGAAACCCGGCCAGUGGUCAUGUUUAUUCAGGGAAUCAUUGCCUUGCAGCUCAGCCCACGCAACUGGAAGUGCACAAUAGAGAGGAACAGUACGCGUGUUUUCAUGCUCAGUCUCCCAGCGAUGCUGAGAGCUUACUGCUGGACGAGCUGGAAAUCUUAGACCUCUUUUCUCUCCUAAACAUCGACCCAGAGUCUGAGGACAGCUGGUUGUAUGUGUCUCCAAAAGCAAAGCUGUUCCCUCGGUCACCCCUCAGCCCUCUGCAGUGGUGUAGACAUGUGUUCGACAACCCCGGGCCUGAGGUGGAGUCAGCUAAGCGUUCCUUAUGCUACCGACUAGACCAGGCCAAAAGAUGGAGAGGAGCUCUCUCUGGCAGUUCAUCAUCCUUAUCAUACAGACCUGUAGAUGGACUCACCUUCUUAAGCACCUCAGUUAAAUCUCUUACUAAACCUGCACUAACUGAACAAACAGUUCCAUCUCCUCAAUCCAGCCACUGCUCUCUCCAGUCACCUCUCAUUGGGAGGAGUUGUGGUGGCCUGGCCGAGAGAUCGCCCUCAUUCCUCUAUCACACGGCUACUCAAAAUUACAGUCGUCCACAUGCUGCCGUCAGUCCACAGUCUUCCGUGAACAGUGAGUUCAGCAUCUCAGAGCUGGAUGAUGAUUCGGUCUCUAUGGACUAUAAACUUCAAGACAUGACUGAUGUCCAGGUCAUGGCCCGGCUACAGGAGGAGAGUCUGCGUCAGGAGUACGCCACUACCUCGGCCACAGGUGCCCGCCGGAGCUCCAGCUUCUCUGUGCACUCAGGAUUGCGUCGCCCAGAGAGGUCUGAUAUGAGGAUGGAGGAAGAUGAGGAGGAUUUUGAUGAUCUGCCGCCUCCCCAGCCACGACUUUUUCGUACAGGGUCCAUGCAGCGGAGUGUGUCCCACUCACACAACUUGUCCAGUCUCAGAGAGCCACGCCGCUGCAGCUCCUCCAGCACACAGUACCUCAGCAGCCCCAGUUCCAGCGCAGCCAGCUACACAAGCACCGAAACACAGGGUUACCGCACCAGCACAGACAUGCUGCGGAAAAGCAUGCCAAAUCUGAUACGAGCGCCCAGCAUGCUAUCUGUGCCAAGUGUGACAAGUAUUGCAGCUCCUGCCAGUUACACAACUUUCUCUUCAUUUCAAUCUUCACCAUCGUCCCUACGCAACAGUCAGAGCUUUGACUCUUCAAGCGGCCUUGCCAGGCUUCAGUCUGCAAUUCCAUCUCCAGGUCAGCUGCAGCAGCGGGUACAGAGUAUAGGCACCUUCUCCACGGCAACACGACAACCAGUGAAAGCCACUGCCUACGUCAGUCCUACAAUACAGGGUCCCAUCACAAUGCCUUCAUCUGUUAGUUUAAACUCACUCUCCAGCAAUAGUGUUAGUAAACCCAGUAAAGCCAGCACUCCAUCCUCUACAAGUCGCAGUGCUCUACCUCGACCAGCCUCCUUCAUUGGCACCAGUGGGACCACACGCAGCAAGAUCGCUCAGCCAGCGCGCAGCUUACUGACUCCCCCAAAGAGUAUGGCAUCCCUGAGUGCCCUGCGUGAUGCGAGCUGGAGGGAUGGAUGUUAUUGAUGCUGGAAAUCCACUGCUCUUCACAAACGGCCAACAGUGUUUCAGGCCCAGCUGGCUGGGUAAAGCUGUUGUUUACAGGCAACAGAAAAAGAUUAAAGUGUAAUCAUUGAUGGGUGAUCAUUAAUGGUAUAAGACGGUUAGCACAGCUAAUUUCAUUUAUGCCGUAUACAUACAAAAAUUGCAAUAUGCCCCAGUGACCAAAAACUUUGAUUAGAACAUUAUGCAAAUGAUUGUUUACAUGUAAGAUACUCCCCCAUAAUUAAAAAGUGUUUGUUAUUUAAUUCUUUAUACUUACACAAAACAAGUAAGAUCAAGUAAGACUACAUAAGACAAAUAUUGUUAGCUCUUAGUGCCUAAUGCUAAGUGUUUUAAGGUUAUACUGUAAGUAAUUUCCUGACUGCCAAAUGGCACUUUUACUGUUCAUUGUUAGUUGAGAACUGUUAGGCCAGUUUCAUUUUCAUUUCACAAACCACAUACAGAACUACUGAACACUAAAGGUUUCUAAGGAAGCACCUUGAUAAGUAUAUUAGUGUCAAAGAAAUAAGAUAACAUUGAAACUGUGAAUUUCAGUAACUACAAUUGUGAAUACUGGACAGCUUGGCUUUGACACUAUUACAAAGACAUUAACACACUGAUCUCGUUCUUUUAGCAAAUUGGCUUUAAAAAUGUAACAUAAGUACAAAUGCCUCUUAAUGUGAUUGCAACAUGCAUAAUUGUGUGUUAACAAGCUGCUCAUGUGAAAGAGCGUCGCUGAUGGAUUGCACAUCUUGGUAGGAACAUGAAAGAAAAUUCAAAUAAGUGUAUUUUAACAUUGAAAUAAAGUUUUUCAACUGACUGUCUUCACUUGAA